CGUUAAUCUCCGUGUUAUUCCCAUUAUUCCCACUGUCAUUCCCAGCGUCAUUCCCAGUAUUCCCAGUAUUCCCAGCAUCAUUCCCAGCAUCAUUCCCGCAGGCCCUGCCCUACUUUGACCGCCUGGACUACGUCUCCAUGAUGUGCAAUGAGCAGGCCUACGCCCUGGCCGUGGAGAAGCUGCUCAACAUCCGCCCCCCGCCCCGCGCCCAGUGGAUCCGAGGUCAGCCUCCCCCUGUCCCCUUGCACUCCUUUAUUCUCCGUCAGAAUCGGGGUGAAAAAAUCCACAGGUGUUCGGGAUCCCCCCCCCAGAUGUUCGAGUUCUACGAGCGCGUGUCGGGGGCACGGAUGCACGCGGCCUACGUGCGGCCCGGGGGGGUGCACCAGGACCUGCCCCUGGGGCUCAUGGACGACAUCUACGAGUUCGUGAAGAACUUUUCCAUCCGGAUCGACGAGGUGGAGGAGAUGCUGACCAACAACCGCAUCUGGAAGAACCGCACCGUGGACAUCGGCGUCAUCACGGCCGAGGAGGCGCUCAACUACGGCUUCAGGUGUACCUGUGCCCAUUUUUGGGGUGACGAUUUCGGGGUGCAGGUCCCUGUGCCCAUUUUUGGGGUGCUGUUUUUGGGGUGCAGGUACCUGUGCCGAUUUUGGGGUGCCGUUUUUGGGGUGCAGGUACCUGUGCCCAUUUUUGGGGUGCCGUUUUCGGGGUGCAGGUACCUGUGCCGCGUGGAGGAGAUGCGCCAGUCCCUGCGCAUCAUCCUGCAGUGCCUCAACAAGAUGCCCCCGGGCGAGAUCAAGGUGGACGACGCCAAAGUGUCGCCCCCGAAACGCGCCGAGAUGAAGACCUCCAUGGAGUCCCUGAUCCAUCACUUCAAGCUCUACACCGAGGGCUACCAGGUGCCACCCGGGGCCACCUACACGGCCAUCGAGGCCCCCAAGGUGACACUUCCUGAAACCCCAUGGAAAUAA